GCCGCCCCGACCCCGCCGGCUGCCUCUAACUUUCCCGGAGAAGGAUGGCCUCCAAUUUCAACGACAUCGUGAAGCAGGGCUACGUGCGCAUCCGGAGCAGGCGGCUGGGGAUUUACCAGAGAUGCUGGUUAGUAUUCAAAAAAGCUUCAAGCAAAGGGCCAAAGAGGCUGGAGAAAUUCUCAGAUGAACGAGCUGCUUACUUCAGAUGCUAUCACAAGGUCACAGAGCUCAAUAAUGUGAAGAAUAUAUCACGGAUGCCAAAAAGCACAAAGAAGCAUGCUGUUGGGAUCUACUUUAAUGAUGACACCUCUAAAACUUUUGCUUGUGAGUCAGACUUUCUGGGCAUUUAUACAGAACUUGAGGCAGAUGAGUGGUGCAAGGUAUUGCAGAUGGAGUGUCUUGGGACAAGAAUUAAUGACAUUAGCCUUGGAGAGCCUGACUUGUUGGCAUCAGGAGUGGAGAGGGAGCAGAAUGAGAGAUUCAAUGUGUAUUUGAUGCCAUCCCCUAACUUAGAUGUGCAUGGGGAAUGUACCUUGCAGAUAACAUUUGAGAAUAUCUGUCUUUGGGACAUCCAGAAUCCCAGAGUCAAACUCGUCUCUUGGCCAUUAAGUGCCCUCCGACGCUACGGACGGGACCCUUCUUGGUUCACCUUUGAAGCAGGGAGGAUGUGCGACACAGGAGAAGGACUGUUCAUCUUUCAGACACGAGAUGGGGAAGCAAUCUAUCAGAAGGUUCACUCGGCUGCUCUGGCCAUAGCAGAACAACACGAGCGCCUGCUGCAGAGCGUGAAAAAUUCAAUGCUUCAGAUGAAGAUGAGUGAGCGAGCCGUGUCCCUCAGCACCAUGGUGCCCCUGCCCCGCAGUGCCUACUGGCAGCACAUCACACGGCAGCACAGCACCGGCCAGCUCUACGGCCUGCAAGCAGAUGUCUCAAGCCCUGUGAAGCUCCAUCGGACAGACACGUUUCCAGUCUACAGAUCAGAUCAUCGAUAAAGGGCUGCCAAGAACUUUACAAACUCUUUGUCUUCUGAUGUGCUGCCCUGGUACCGGGAUGACACGGAUGAUGCAAAGUGAGGAUAGAAGCACUGAGAAGUGUGGGCUGGAUGGGAAGUUACUGCAGUACAAAGGUGGCAUGUCGUCUUUUGUUUUGUUUUUCUUUCCAACUUUGCCAAAAGAUAAAAUGAUUCUGUAGAGACUGGGGGUGGGAACAAAACCAUCUCACCCUGCAGUGGUUCUUUUCUAUCCUACAGCUGG